CAAAUGGAUGUCUCUUCUCUCGGCCCGACACCGCGGGCGCACCUGCUUUCGCCUGCUGCAAAGGCGCUAUGUCGCAAGCAAUGCGACGAACCAGCCCAUUGCUGACAUGCUGAAGAAGAACGCGGAGGAGGAAGAGCAGAAGGAGGACAAGAACCAGUUCAAGGCGCGCGCCCUCGGUCUCGCUGUGAGGAUUAUAGAGCAGGUCCCCUUCCCCAUACGUAGCUCAAGGGAGGUUAGCAAUAUCGAAGGAAUAGGACCUGGCAUUACUCGACGCAUAGCCGAAUUCUUGCAGGAGAAGAAUGCGGCUGACAGGGAUGAGCUGGACAAGCGAGCGCUUGACGCUCAGGCGCGCAAAGAGUUGAGGCAGGUUCAAGGGAUUGGCCGUGUCCGGUCUCGCGCCCUUGUGGAGGCUGGCUGCAUGUCCAUUGCUGACCUGCACCGGCCCGAAUACUUCAACACUCUCCGUCCCGUCGAACAAUUUGGCGUCAAGUACUACGAAGACAUGAAGUGCGGUGUCAAACGAGACGAAGCCGAGUCCAUCCUUCGCGCUAUCCAGGACGUUAUCCCAUCCCAGUUCGAGUGCAUCCUCGUCGGCAGCUACCGCCGCGGCGCGAUUGUCUCGUCCGAAGUAGACGUUCUCCUGCUACACCCACUGCAUACGCAUGUACCCGUCCCGGCAAUCGAGGCGCACUUCCGCAAGGUGAUUCAUACAAUCAACGGGAGGCGGCGAGUACCAUUCAAUGAGCACGACUCACCGUCGGACAACUCGUCCUUGCGGAAGGAGGUGAUUCCGGCAUUGGAGGGUGCAGGGUUGCUUGGGGAGAACUUCAUGAACGUGCCUCGCAAGUGGCAGGGAAUGGUGAAAGUGCCUGGUACGGGGGCGCUGAGGCGCUUGGAUCUCAGCUUCGCGCCCAUGAAAUCCAAAGGCGCAGCACUCAUCGCGCUGACGGGCGACAAGGACUUUAACUUGCAUCUCCGUACAAAAGCCGAGAAGAUGGAGCUGCACCUGAACGAAUACGGGCUCUGGAAGUGGUUACAAACAGAGAGUUCAUACAACAUAGAGGGCGACUCCACUGCUUCGACCUCCUUCAGCCCUCCCUCUUCCGAUAUACCAUUUUUGCCCGCCAUCCUACCCAACCCCAACGCGCCGCUCAAGCAUGUUCGUUUUCCGGGACGCCAACUCAAGGACCUCGACUCCGGGUUUUGGCGCCUUCUUCGCGCAGAGACGGAGGAGGCCAUUAUGCGCGAACUAGGCAUGGAAUAUGUGGAGCCCUCGAAGCGGAACUUCUCGUACGUGGAAAAGCCGCCGGGUUGGGCAAAGGGGAGAGGGAGGAAGAAGGGUCAGGCGCUGUAGGGGGGGUAUCCAGACUGAUCCCGCAUGCAUGGGUACCCUACUAUUUACUUUAUCGGGCUUGUCAGGAUAAUACAGGCUGUUCUGCGUUACUUGCUCUCUACCAACGCUCGACUCGAGUCCCAUACCGGUUCCAAUCCGUCCGUGUCCC